AUGGGCAUUGCAGAUAGAUUCAGUGGGCCGUCGCUUGAGAUCGUCCUCACAGCGACCAACGCAGCUGCACAAGCUUGGUAUGGAUAUGACCAAGGUGUUAUUUCGGGAAUCCUUAUUGGAUCCGAUUUCAUCUCUACGUUCCCGCAAACCAAAAAUUCUGAUAUCCAAGGUAUCACCGCAAGCUGCUUCUCCCUCGGUAAUCUUGGCGGCUGUUUGAUAGCUGCUAUAUUCGGUGAUCGUCUUGGUCGUAAGAAUACGCUGAGAGUCGGCGCUGCUAUUUCGGCCAUCGGUGCCAUACUUCAAUUCUCUGCUACUACAUUUCCACAAUUCAUUGUUGGACGGGUGAUAAAUGGCUUUGGCAAUGGAAUGACUAGUUCUACAUGUGGUAUCUUCCAGGCAGAGUCAUGUAGAGGGUCAAGACGUGGAAAGCUAUCCGUGAUAGUUGUCCUUCACAACGUGGUCUUCUACUGUCUUGCGAGUUGGCUUACACUUGGGUGUUCUUUUGCUACGAAUGGUCUCCAAUGGAGAUUGCCACUCGCUCUCCAGCUCGUUCCUGCACUAGCACUUGUAACAUUACUACAAUUUGUUCCCGAGUCUCCGCGAUGGCUUAUCAUGCAAGACAGAGUUGAUGAAUCUCAAGAAGCUCUCCGUCGCUACCUAGGAAAAGACCUCGCCAUCGACGAUCCGGUCGUACUCCUCGAGUUGAGAUCCAUCCAAGAAUCCUACAAGAUUGAACAGGAAUCCGCGAUCACUUUCAAAGAGGUCAUCUUGUCCCGAGACCGGUCAGCACAUCUCAAGCGACUUCUUCUUGGCUGCGGAGGACAGUUCAUGCAACAAUUCGGCGGUAUCAAUGCUCUCAACUACUAUUUCCCCAUUAUUCUUACUGAGAAUCUCGGUCUCAGCGAACUCCUAGCUAGGAUAUUGACUGGAUGUAACGCCACUUCUUAUAUGAUCUCAUCGGGACUCUGUUUCUGGAUGAUUGAGAACUUUGGUCGGAGAUCGCUCAUGUUAAGUGGACUUGGAUUGCAGUGCCUGGCCUACGUGAUGGUCGCCAUUUCUGUUGCGAUGUUAACAACUGCCCCUACUCAGUGGGGCGCCGUAGCUAUUACUUUCCUUUUCUUCUACUACGCAGCAUUCGGAUGCACUUGGGGAAUGGUUCCUUGGGUAUACCAGGCCGAGGUCAACUCUCUUACGAUGAGAACAAGAGGUGCAGCUGCUGCAACUGCGACUAAUUGGCUUUUUGGAUUUGUCUGCACCCAGUUCACCCCAACCGGUAUCAGGAACAUCGGCUUCCGUUUCUACAUCAUCUUCGCGGCAUUUAACCUCCUGUUCGUCCCAGUCGUCUACUUCCUCUAUCCCGAGACCGCAAACCGCACACUGGAGGAUCUCGACGAUUAUUUCGACAAGGAUUCCGGCCACAAGACUAUCAUUCCCAUCAGCGACAAGAUCGCAAGAUCUACAAGUCGUCCUCAGGAGGCAAUUGAUGCUGAGAGGAGGCGUAUCACUGCUGCUGAUAGGAAGGGGUCAGACAUGAAGGACCCGGUCUAUGUGGAGCACUUGGAGGACACUGCUUCCAAUCAUUCUACAUGA